GAGGGGAUCAUUUAACACAUAGAUGUACAUUGAUUGUAUUGUAUUUCAGACUCGUGUUCAGUCAGAGCUUGCUGUCUUUAGAUCUCAUUGAAAGUUUCCUUGAACACAUGCACAAUCAGGCAGAGGAGAAAAAUAAGAAGAAAAAGAAGACCCCUGCAAUGAACAUGGAGAAAUGGGAAAAGGGUAAAGAUUACUACAGGUUUGAUGGCUCAACCAAUGCCAAACUAAGGAAGAAAUACCAGCUAGAGUUCUCUAAGAACAAAAGGGCUAGGCUGUUCUUGAUUUCUACUAAGGCAGGUUCUCUAGGAAUCAACUUGGACAAGGCAAACAGAGUUAUCAUAUUUGAUGCAUCUUGGAACCCCUCCCAUGACGUCCAGUCAAUAUUUAGAGUCUAUAGGUUUGGGCAAGUCAAAGAUGUCUUUGUAUACAGAUUCUUAGCUCAGGGUACAAUGGAGGAAAAGAUCUAUGAGAGGCAAAUAGAGAAACUCUCACUGUCACAACGUGUCAUAGACGAACACCAGAUAGAACGUCACUUCAACUCUAAUGAUCUCAAAGAACUCUACAACUUCCAACCAGACAGGCUAGAGGACAAGAAGGAAAGACCAACACCCAAGUUACCAAAGGAUGUGAUAUUAACAGAGAUCUUAAAGAGUAAGAAAGACCACAUAGUCAGCUACCAAGAACACGACUCCCUGUUGGAACAUCUUGUUGAAGAGGAACUUAAUGAAGAUGAGAGGAAAGCUGCUUGGGAGGAAUACGAAAAUGAGAAGAAAGGAAUGAUGAGAUAUGGUGGUUUUGGUGCAAUAGGACAGAAUCUUUCAUCUGGGAACUCAGCAUUUGGACUUCAACAGCUUCCAAGAGUUGUACAGGAGAUACUCAAAUAUAAUCCCAAUAUUCCACCCCAGGAACUUCAAACAAGACUUCAAGCAUUCCUCAAGUUGCAGACCCCUCAGCAAGGACUACAACAACGUCCUGUCCAAUCAUCUGCCUUCCCUGGUGGAAACUACCUCCGUGGUCCUCAGACUCAAGGUGUAGCCAUUCAGCCGCGCCCAUCAUAUGCCACCACUACGAUACCAAACCCAAAUCUUAUUGGAAACCCACCUGUGAGAAUCGGACAGCCUGCGGUGUAUAAUCCAAGCACCCAGAAUAUCAUCCGUGUCAGCCAGCCAGGUUUGCCAUCACGGCUUCCUGGGGUAGGGACUAUUCCAGGAUUAGGUGCGGGACCAAUGAACGUGAUACGUGUCAAUGCAAGUAAUGGAACUGUGCAAGUAAAUGGUGCAAGCAAAUAGUGUUGCAGCGAAGCUUUUCAGUGCUCUAAGUGGGAUGAAACUAUCUU